UAGUACAACCAUUUUCACAUGUAUAGCAGAAGACUGAGUCUCAGUGAUUCUGAGAUAGAUGGGUCUGGUAUCCAUGCUGUUGCAGCAAAGAACAACUUGACCCUAGAGCGUCAUUCUCACUUCUUUUCACAAUGUCACCAGACCUCUAACGCAAGGUCAUUUCCCUCUCUUUGUUUAGAUGGACAAAUCGAGAUACCUGAGGUCUCUGUGGAAUCAGAAGAAGAGAAAGAGCCGACUUUUUCGUUUGAUAAUCGUGCUGGACUAGCGCACGAUUUGAGUUUCCUUGCUGGUCUGCCUGAGCUCUGUGACGUGACGUUUCUAGUCGGUGAAGACAGACAACCAGUCUGUGGAGUAAGAGCCAUAUUAGCUGCCAGAAGCAGGGUCUUUUAUAGAUUGCUCUAUGGCGAUGCCUUUCAACCGAAAAAGCCAAAAAAGAAAGCCUUAUACAGGCCUAGCUCUGAUGGGUAUGUAGAUAAAACUGAUUUCCGUGGACAACCGACAGUAACUGUACUUGAUUUUGAGCCUGAAGUAUUCAAGCAGCUAAUGGAAUAUAUACACACAGGAGCAGUGAUGCUUCAAUCAAGAACACUACUAGGACUAAUGAAUGCUGCUGAUCAUUACGGACUGGAUGAACUCAAAAUGGCUUGUGUCCAAUUCCUUGAUCGUGCCAUCAACACCGACACUGUGUGUGCCUUGCUCUCGUCCGCCGAGAAGUACAUACAGUACAAGAGCACAAAGAUACUAGUCCAGAAAAUGUUAGAGUUUGUCGACAACCAUGCAGAGGUGGUACUCAAUCUCGGGUCCUUUGCGACCCUCCCUCAACAUGUGGUGAGGAUUAUUCUUGGACGAGAUGAGCUCCUUGCCUCCGAACAGACCAAGUUUGAGUCUGCUUUUCGCUGGUGCCUCCGCUACAUUGAAGACCAUCCAGAGCUUGACCUGAAGACGGCCUUUGAGCCGUUUGCAAGCAAAAUAGCAUUUCACAAGAUAGCAGCCACUCACUUAAUGAAGAAGAUCAAGCCGGCCCAAAUAGUUGACGAUUCCGUGAUCGUCACAGCUCUCGCUUACCAAGCUGACCCAAGCUCGGUCCAGUUUAACCCGCUCCAAUUGAAGCACUGCAAGACCGCUAGUGCUAUUCCUAGUCUGGAUGGCUCCCCUGCUCACAUAAGGAGAGUCAACUCGUCUGGUAAUUCACUUAAACUGAGCGACGAGGAUGAUGGUAUAGAGGAAGGCUACCUAAGAGGAGGAUCGGUACCACUGAGUAAUGAUGCUAGACCUGAUCUUCAUCCAAGCCGUGUCUUUGAUGUACGGGCCGACUCUCAGGCCUCAGAAUUGAGUUACAGCUCAACUGGAUCGAGUCUCUCAUCAGCCUGUGGUACAGUCACUCCUCAGAGUCCCGUUAUAGACAGGAGUGCGUCUCAUAGUGGGUUCCUUCAUAUUUCGCCCGAUCCUCCCUCGGGAUGUGGGGGCCCUGGUAAAAUGGCUAGGAAACCGUCUACGAGAUCAGAGAGUUUCAUCACACUUAGCAGCACCUCAGUCGAAGUGUGACACUGUGUACGUACAAUCCAGAUUAAAAAUGACAGUCCACCAUUAUAUCCUAAAUAGGUCACCAAGCACUAUUGUUAUUAUUAUUAUUAUUAUUUAUAACAUAAUACUUAUUAAUGUUUGAUGUUGUGAACAUUGUGUGUGUUAUUGUGUUAGCAUUGACAUUGGACUAACAAGUGAUUCUUGUGUAUUUGUGUGUAUGUGUACGAGUUUCCCAAUUCAUUUGACCAUUGGUCUCUUUGAUGUAAAACAAAA